AGCGAAAUUGCGCGUGUAAAAAUCUGUUUGUUGUGAUUUUAUUUUGAUUAUAAAUUUAGUAUUAAUUUGUUGAAAUUAACGAAAAUGCCCGCCAUUGAAAAGUGUGUCAUCUAUGACUGGAAGCGACUGUGGCAAAUGGUGUCUGGCAUUCAUUAUGAGACUCCCCAGGACACUGUGAAGCAGGAGCUGUUGAAUGUGUGCUCCGAGCUGCAGGCGGGCGUCUUGCAGUUCAAGCCGAAGAGCGCCUCCAACAUUCAGCUGGCCGCGCUGCUCAAGGAGAAGAAGCAGGAGAAACUGUUGCCAUUCACAGAGCGAUUGCAGGAGUUGCUUAAUCUGGAGUCGGCACAAUGUUGGGAGAUCUUAUGUUACUACCUGACCAAGGAGUAUCGCGGCUCGGCCAGUCUGCUCAGCCAACUAAUCUCGACGGAGACAAACAUGAGCAAAUUACUGGAGGAUAUACGACAUUAUUAUUCGCUGGAGCGCAUGAUUGUCCUCAAGAUUGUGAAGAACUUGCUUGUCUUUUACAAUGUGCCCAAUCAUCCGUAUCACCAGGAGUAUCGCGAGGUGGUGGACAAGUUGACGCUGCCACGUCUGCUGGACUCGUAUCUGCAACAGCUGGACAGUUUGAUUAAUGAGCUGCCACCGCGUAAACUUUUGGCGGGAGAAUGUUAUCACUGUCCGGACAGACUGACCAGUUGGUCGGAGCGCAAUGCGCGGGAAACCAAUGAAGUGCUGCACAUUCUCAUGUUACUCAGCGAACAUAUGACCAUGGAUCAGUUGCACAUUAAACGUCUGUUUGCCACCAUUAAACAACACUCCUUUGGACGCAUCCAAAACUAUCUGGAUGAAAGCAACAUUUAUCACCAGGAGCUGAUCAAGAAUCUAACCUACUCGGAGCUGGUGUUGCUGCUCAAGUGCCUGGACUUUGAGCGGCCCAAAGAGCAUGUCCAGCUUAUAGAGGAGUUGCAUGCACAGAUUGGCAGCCUGCAUCAUCGGCCAGAGCACGGUCCACUGCUGCUGGUCUGGAUGCUGUUGCGUCUGCGUGCCACCAAUGACGCGGAGGAUGCCACCAGCUUGUUGAGGUGCCGCCAAUUGGGCAAACGUGCUGUGGAACUCAAGUGUUUUGUCCAGCUUCAUGCCAUCGUCACCCAUCCCAUGUUCGCCGAUGACAGUCUUCUUUCCAAGAUCGUGCGCAGAACCAUCUACAAUCAACUAGGCUACCUCUGCGAUCUAUUCGACGGCGACGGCAGCUGCUCACGAUACGAGGGCAUCUACGAGUUGCUGGGAGAGCUUUUGUCCUGGCCACAACUGGCUAAGGAAUUCUGCAACUCCGAAGAUGAAGGCGUACGUUCGCUUUAUAAUACACUCCUGGAAAACUUUCCGCUGCAAUUCACAAACUUGGCCAAGUUGGCACAGGCACUAACCAAGGCAGGCCAAGGCAACUAUGUGAAAAGUCAGCUGGAAUCGUUGCCCAUGUUGGCCCUGUUGUACGACGAACGACAGCAGAAACUCAACGAACUGGGAGCUGAUGAAUACGAGUUGAUGAACAAUGUGAAACCGUUUCCCCGCAUCGAUUACAUUUUACCCGCAGGAACAAGCUGUACGGCCGUACAGCAUCCUACGGGAUUUUACAUGCAUUUCCGUUGUCAUGUCAAUUUCUUUAAUGCACUGCAUCAUGAGAUCAAUUGUCUGCUGCUGGAGAAAGCGCAAUUACAUGGCGACUUUGAUUCUAAUGAGCGCAUAAUACGCGUUGAAGAAGGCCUCAAGUAUUUGGUAUUGGCAGUGCAAAGAGCCAAGUCCAUAGAAGGCAUCAGUGCCGAGAUGGUGCAUCCCACAGAGAUGUGCAUUGAUCUGUUGAGUAAAUUCAAGAGUGUUCAGUAUCCGCCAGUUGGUUUACUCUCGAGUUGUCUCAAUGUCUGCUCGGCUCUGUUGCCGCUGGUGGACGAGGAGAUCUUUACACGUGUCAGCAAUCUGGAUAUACUGCCCACUAUUAGCAAUGAUUCCCAGCAGGACUUUAAAAUCUAUGCCAGUGCCGUUUACUUUGAGUCACGAUUUCUGGGUUCUGUCAUCGACAAUGUGGAAAAGAAACAGCAAAGCUAUGAGUUUCUUCUGGCCUAUCUGAACUUUCUGCGCACCUACACAAAGUUGAAGAGGAAACGUUAUAUGCAGGUAGAACUGCCGGGUCUCAUCUUUCUGCUACGCGAUGUCUUUCCUCAUCUGCACACCUGGCACUUUAAAUCGCAGUCGGAGAAGAAUAAGAUCUAUUUUGAGGUGUUAAGCUUUAUUUGCGAUAUAUUUGAUAUGCUGGGCAGCAAUGUGGACAAGAAAUGUGAACAAAGUCAGCUUUUACUCAAUGUCUGUGUCUAUUCACUGCUGAAUCUGGACAACGGAUUGAUUCUAUUGCGAUUUGUGGGCGUGGGCAACGCCUUUGUGCAGUACACAAUGGAGCUGGAAACGAACUGGAUGCAACAGCAACCCCAUGGAUUAAUGAUGCUAGUGCGUCUCUCGAUGAGGAUUCUGAUGCAGCUGCUUUGCCUGAAGAGUCAUGUGUACUGUGCUGAGAAUUUGUCACCCUUGGAGGCGUUGAUAUACACACAGCCAAAGCAGCGGGAUACUCUGCGUAUUAUUCCCACUGUCUGUAGUUAUAUGAGCAACAUAUUCGAUCGCUGGUUGCCCAUUGUCUCCUGUCGUCUGCUAAAGCGGAUUGCACUCGAGUUUAAUAUGUCAUUGUUAGCUUGUUUGGAUAUGGAGGCCGAUCAGAUUCGUCUGACGUUCAUGCAAAAGCUGCCCGAUGAGCUGGAAAGCGAUUCGGUCAAGAUUGCCAUACUUGAGUUGGUGGAUGCCUGUAUAGCAAAGCAGCCGGGAGUCACAGAGGCUUUUUUUAAGGUCAACUAUGGCCAGGACAAGCGAUCCUUCUUCACAUUUGGCAAGGAGUGUGCUCCUAGUAUUGGCGACAGCAUUGUCACCUAUAUGAAGGAGUUCCUCGAUGCCCUCGAGGCUGAACCUCUGACCAUCCAACAAAUGCUGCCCAGCAAAAUAAUGAACAUCUUCCAUUCGCUGUGGAAGCACAAUCUGCAAAUGCUCGUGGAUGAGUUGCUUAAACUGCCACGGUUCUGGACAAAACUCUGCAGUCCACUCUUCAGUGAACCCUCGAAACAGCCGCAGGUGCGCGUUUACACUCAGUUGAUGAACAUUGUGUCCAUUGAGGCGUACAGCACGGGCAACAAUCAAAAUGCCGAGCUGCGAGAGGUGCUGAAGAAGUUCUUCGAAAGGGAUUGCUUCAAUCAAUGGCUGAACUACAUCUUCGAUAUGCCCAAGGUUCCAGCGGUGACCAAUUCCAGUGAUGAGCUGCCCGACUGGAUUUGCUGUCUUCAGUCGUUUAAGGACUUAAUUGUUAUACUGCUAAAGAAGCAGCCAAAUUUUAUAAGCAUACCCGAUGCACAGUUUAAAUUGCUGGCCAAGAAGUGUCUGACUGUAUUGGUGGAUCGUGCUCAUUACUUGGAUGACAUGCGUCCCUUUAUAAUGCUGGCCGAGUUGUAUAUAUUCCUUCUGCUCAGAUUUAAGCACGCUUAUACCAGUAAUGGCGAGGAGGAACUGGAACUGAUGGAGCAGCUGCUUCAGCUGAUGAGUCGCAUUUGUUCCUGCUACGAGGAUCUGCAUGUGCGCGCCAAGGAGGCGUGUCUGGCAAUCAUCACCAAGUGUGCACAUCUCUACACAAACCUGCUCAUCAGAGACUCCUCGAUUGCACUGCGUUUCCUCAACUCGGUGGUCAGCAUUAUCUGCACCGAGCUGCAGAAUAUGGAGAAAUCUGUCAACCUGGAUCAACAGGCAUUAACACAGGAGGAGUCCAAUGGCAAGGUGUCAUCGAAUUCGUUGAUAUUGUGCCUCAAUCUGCUGAAGGCUGUUGCCAGCAUCUUCAACAACGACGGACCCGGCAAUUGGGAUCUGCCUUUUGUAUCUGUACGUCUGUUUCAACGCUUGCUGAGAUGCAUUUCGUAUACAUUGCCAUUGCAUGGCAAGAGAGUAUUGACGGAGCAGCUCCUGGAUGUCCUGAUUGUGUUUGCCAAGAGCAAUUGUUCGGUGGAGUUCCUGCACUGUGAUGUGGGCGAGCACCUGUGGCUGAAGAUGCUGCCACCAAGGGAACUGCUGCAGUGCAGACUGGAGUUCAACAACAAGAACAGCAGCGAUGUGUGGACCAUGGAACAGUGGUGGUCCAUCUAUGCACGUGGCAUUGAGCUGGUCAACAUUAUCUACGACAAGCACAAGAAAUGCUUUCUGCAGGAUGCUCUACAGUUCGUUGGCAUCCAUGAGGUUUAUCUCGUGGACUCGCUCCUGCUGGGAAAACAAUCUCUGGAGCCGGCGGCCAUGCAACUGAUCAAGGCGGCCAUCUCAUUGGUAGCCAGCCUCACGGAGCAUCACAAAGAGUGGGCACAGGAUCACUGCUCUUCGCUUUUCAACAUCAUGAAUGCUGUCCAGGGUCUAAUGUGUCAUGCCACCUCCAUGUUCCACCAGCAGCGAAAUUUAAAGUGUCUUCUGGCAGGUCGGAGAUCCCAGCUAGAAAUAUUGCGUAGUGUAGAGUCCAUUACCAUCGAUGAUGACAUCAUCAACGCCUGCAAUGACCUUACAGACAUCAUCAUUUACUGUGUGAAGGCAUUGCAAAAGUUCACUCCCGAUCUGUUGGAUCUAUUGUGUUCCAGUUUCUAUGAGCCUCACAAAUGGCAGCCCAUACUGGAUGUCAAAUUUGGCGCACCCAAACUCAAUGAAGGAAACUUAACGCUCACGUUUGGCAUGGUAUUGAAUAUGGUCAGCGUUUAUGUGAAGGCACUCAACAUGCAAAACCAUGGAUUCAGUGAGUUGCCACUCAAUGUGCUGCCCAAUGUGGAGAAUGGAGAGGUGACGGUGGCAGGUGGUGUCUCCAGCUCUCCAGGCUUGACAGCCGAUGCGAAUGGGACUCGUGGCCAGAGGAGCUUUACCAAAUCCUUGUCGGCCAACUCAAUAUCCUCGGCAGCGUGUACCUCGAGUGAGCUGCUCUCCAAUCUCGAUGGUCAGCUGUGUCUUGUGGCGCUGGAACAUCUGCUGAUGUUGGUGGCAUCGCAGAGCAUUUAUGUGUUGCGGUCGCAGGAUUUGGAGCCACGUUGGAAGCAGAUUGUGCGACGGGAUAUCAGCAGUGAGCUGUUGAGUUUCCAUGAGUUUGUGCGUCGCAAGGUGAUUGUGGAUUAUCGGGACUCGCGUUGUCAGUGGGUGCGACGCAAGCAUGGCAUGUUUAAGCAGAAGCCAGUGGAAGGAACUGCCAUCCAAUCCAGGAGUGGAAGCACUCAAGUGGUGCGUCGUUCCACCAGCGAGUUGCGGGUGAAUGUGGUGCGACGUCUUCAUCUGCAGCAGCAGUUGCAUGCCCCUCCUCAAUCCACUGACAGUCACUUUGAGAUGACUCGCAUGCUGAGUCCAAUUGGUCCAAGUGCUGCUCAGCACUUGGAGGCAUCGACACCUCAAGGCGCCAUCGAUUUGGGGGAAACACCACGUGCUCAUUUGGAGAAUCGCAAGCGUUUCCAUGUGAAUCAGCCAGCUGAUGAACUCUUGGCAGAGAUUGAGUCCAUUGAAGUUCAGUACUUUCCCCCUACGACGGACACUGGCUACAGUGAACUCUCGCAGGUGCAACUGGUCGAGGAGGAUUAUCUGCAACUGAUGUCAGCUUUAUUUGCUGUGAUUCCCCAGAGCGAAAAUGCACGAGAGAACUCCAGUUCAGUGUGAAUUAGUGUUAAGAAAUAAGAGCAUAAAAUGAUAAUGAAAUGAUUCUGAAUAAAGUUUAUAUUUAUACACCGUUUA